AUGAAAAUCGAGCUCUUGUCACAUCUUCCACCAACCGUCCAAGCUUCAGCAUCGGCAAGACGCUACGAAGUUGAAGAUAAGCUGCUGUGAAGACGACAUAAAAGUGGACCGACCAAAACGUACUUUUCUACCGGAAGACUAUACAGCCCCAAUAAAAAAGGAAAGGAGAGAAGGAAGCAGAGUGGUCUUCUAAAACAAAAGCAGUGGGAGUGUGGAUACUGUACAAACACCAGCCCAGCUGCAUCAUGGGAAAACAGAACAGUAAGCUGCGACCUGAGGUCCUCAACGAUUUGAGAGAGAACACAGAGUUUACCGACCACGAGCUGCAGGAGUGGUACCGCGGCUUCCUCAAAGACUGCCCCACAGGCCACCUGACUGUGGAGGAGUUCAAGAAGAUCUACGCUAACUUUUUCCCCUACGGAGACGCCUCCAAGUUUGCUGAGCACGUCUUCCGCACUUUCGACACCAACUGCGACGCCACCAUCGACUUCAGGGAGUUCAUCAUCGCGCUGAGUGUGACGUCUCGCGGUGGGCUGGAGCAGAAACUGCGCUGGGCCUUCAGCAUGUAUGAUCUGGAUGGCAAUGGCUACAUCAGUCGGGCUGAGAUGUUGGAGAUAGUCCAGGCCAUUUAUAAGAUGGUGUCUUCCGUGAUGAAGAUGCCCGAGGAUGAAUCCACACCGGAGAAACGGACGGAUAAGAUCUUCAGACAGAUGGAUAUCGACAACGACGGUCGCUUGUCCUUGGAGGAGUUCAUUAAAGGUGCCAAGAGUGACCCAUCCAUCGUCAGACUCCUGCAGUCCGAUCAGGGAACCUCUCGUCAGUUCUGAGGCCGCACUGUUGGAAAACAACAUGGUCCUGACAUGUACAGUAUAGCACUCCAUGUCUUAUGUUUACAUUAUCGUGGCUUUUCUGUGGACUGAUGCGCUUAUUCUGUGUAAAUGCUUUUUACCCCCAAGUCAAGUGCCAUAUCAUGUAUUUAUAUUGGCUGGAUCACUUACUUCAAAGUAUUAUGACUCAGCUACGUUACGUUAAAUGAAUAUUACAUUUGAACUGUUGAGAAGUGACUAUAUGUUGCUCAGGAAUGCUGAGUGGCUGUUCUAUACAUAAGAUGUAUAUGCCUUUAGUAUUGCAUGCACUCUGUGGAAUGCAUUUUUAUGUGACUUUAAAUAGAGAGACUGUGGUUGUGUAAUGUUUUAUUAUUGUAACAAACAUGUUUUCACACAAUUGAAAUAAAGUUUGUGUAAGAAAAAUCUACACAAGAUGUUGCACAUUAACCCCCCCACCCCAGGCCUCUUUACUCUGAACCCACCAAGAGACUCACCCAUUGGAUCGGAACAGAAAAAAAAAAAUAUGCCGGUUUAACAUUUAAGAUUGUUUUGAAUCCACAUUUUAACAUAGGAACUUUGAAAAAGAGACAAAUGAACACUCAAAACAUCACAAUCAGUUUCCUCCCCUCCUCUCUAAAUAUGCUCCAUUAUUUCAGCAGUUAACUGAGGGAAGAACAGUGCCCCCCACCCCACUGUGUGUGUGUGUGACUUAACGACAGACGAUGUGAGAAAUGAGGCGCCUCCUCUGGAGUAUUUCAGUAACUGCGACCGAACAGGCCUUCCAUCCAUCCACAGGAGAAGGGAAGGUGAAGGUCGCAUAGAACCAGACCAGAUCCAAGCCUUAUAGUCAGGGUCGGAUCCUGGUCCCCCCUACUUUUUUUUUUUUUCUU